AUGCGCGUGCUCGCUACACUUCCUCUUCUGGCCAUGGCUGCCCUGCAAGUUGCUGCUGGCGACUUUUCGGCGACAUGCUCUGGCACGUCCUACUUCUCUACCAGCGUCAAGUCCUACUGCCAGGAUAAGUACCAGGAGGAUAAUUACUCGACCGAUUUGGAUAUGACCAAGUGCCUGGCCAAUGUCGGAGGCAGGAUUGUCGUGAGUCUUACACCCAGAAGCCAAAGCUCUGACCCAUCGUUCAAGUUCUGCGACUGCGGUCUUGGCGGCGACAAGAAGCAGAUCUUGAACUGCCGCUGCACUGAUUCCACCGGAACGAAGAGACCUUCGUCUCUGAACCUGGACACGUGCUUGAGCAACAUCGAUGGAGACCUCAAGUGCUAG